AUGGCAGACUUCAAUACUCUUGGGUUGCAAUUUGCACAAUUUUAUUACAACGGUUUCCAAUCAAACAGAGAAAGCUUAACUCACCUCCAUCCUUGAUCGAAUAGCGAAGUUGAAAUUUUUUUUAAAAUUGAAUCCUCGAUAGUUAAAUAAUUAAUAUGGUGGUGGAUAUUAAAUAUGUCCUUACCUACGGCACAUCACUGUCGGCGCCAAAAUAGCUUUAUAGCUUAAAUCAAGGCUCAGAUCCUUUGAUUCUAACCCUAGCACACCAUAUUGAGUGGGUGGCUUUAGGGAGUCAGCUAGUGGGCAUUCCAGUCCAAGUUUUAGUUAUCCCGAUGGUUUCUGGGCUACUGGUUCUUUUCCCUACCGGUUUCAGAGGGCCGUGGGUUUUUUUUUCUGAGUGUCACCCUUCCUUAAGAUGGCCAAGAGGGGGGUUUUGGGCUAACCUUUACUUCCAUAGCACCUCAGGCGCACAACACUAAGGGUCUUUAAUGCACAUCGAGAAUUAAGAAGAUUAGUGCAGGCCCUAGCUUCUGAUAAAACCACUGCUGUCAGGGUUCAGGAAACCACUGCUGCUCCUUGCAGGCAGGGAUCCGGUAUUCGAAAGCGUGCGGAGGCAUCAAACCUGUAAGACUUAAAGACACUAAACUUAACUUAACUCGAUAGUCAAACGAAACAAAUUCCCUUCUCACUUCAAAUUUAUUACCUAUCUUUGAUAGUAAUGAAUCUUAGAUAUUAUAUCACAUAUUAGCUCCAAACAAUAAUAUUUUUAGUAUAUAUACCAAUAUAUUGAAUAUUCUAUCUUUUGUGAUAAUGUAUAAAAUAUUUAUAUGGGAAAAAAAUUUAUAUAAAAUUUUUUAAAUUAAUAAGAAUUUAUUUAUAAUUUUUUUUCUAAAAACAUUUUAGCAACGAUUGAUGAUAAAUAUUUGUUCGAUUAAGAAUUGGGAGGUAAGAGUUUUAUUCAAUGCAGACUCAAUGCUUACUUUCGAGUCAGAUCACUUUAAAGGAGCAGAUGCUAUUAUGGUAAAAUUCCAUUCACUUACUGCCCAAAGCAUUGUUCAUCACAUCCUGACUUUAGAUGUACAGCCUUCUACAACCCAAGGUAGCAUGAUUAUUCUUGUCACUGGACAGCUACAAAUGGAUCAAGACGCCCCACUUAAAUUCUCGCAAGUUUUCCAUUUGAUUCCAGCUGCAGGGUCAUAUGUGUGCACAAAUAAUCUUUUCAGACUUAACCUCGGGUAA